AAAAAGAGGAAACCAAAGUUUCUACAGUAAAAAAUAGAGGUGCGAAAUUCAAUUUUCCUGUUCUCCAUCGUCUUUUUUUGGGCCUGUCGGUUCUUCCCGAUCUUCCAACCGGCGGCGACCCUUUCCGAAAAACUAAAUUGCUCGAGGAAUCCUCAGGUCCAAAGCGUCUCCCGACCGUAGCAGCCACACUUCGCAGAACCAUGAAUUUCUCGACCGCCGCUCGUAGACUCCUACUCAGCUCGCCGGUGUUGGCAGCGACCACCAACGUCGCGGCCUUCACUAGUCGCAUUCCUCUUCCUUCGGCGGCACGGGCCUUGUCGUCUUCGAGCACUUCCCUCAACAUGGCGAAUGUAUUGAAACUGAGCGACCCUCAAUCGCAGCUUUUGGAUAAUGUCGACGUCUUUAUUUUUGAUUGCGAUGGAGUUAUAUGGAGGGUGGGUACAAAAUGCAGUUGAUUUUGGGUUUUGUCUCUGAAGAUAGUUCAUCCUUUUUACCUCCGCUCUUUCUCACAUUUUCCAACUAUUUUGGUCCCGCCGCGUUGACUUGGUUGUUGUACUUGGUGACACCACGAUGAAAUUGUGACAAAUUGAAUGUCAGGGCGACUCGUUGAUUGACGGAAUCCCCGAAACCCUGGCCAAGCUUCGUGCUGCUGGCAAGAAGAUGUUUUUUGUUACCAACAACUCGACGAAAUCCAGAGCGGGAUACAAAAAGAAAUUCGAUGGGUUGGGUUUGACUGAAAUUCCUGCKGAAGAAAUCUUUUCGUCAAGCUUUGCCGCGGCUGCCUACCUGGAGCAAUCAAAGUUUCCGACCGAUGGGAGCAAAAAGGUCUACAUUAUCGGGGAGGUAGGAAUUGGCGAAGAGCUUGAUUUGAUUGGAAUUCCUCACUUGGGCGGACCAGCCGACAGUGAGAAAGCUCCUGAUAUGGGUCCCGGUGGCCGAUUGGAAGUUGACCCAGAUGUUGGUAAGUACUAUGUUUGCAUCCCGCACUGUAGUGAAGAAAAUAUGAGGGUGGGAGGGGUGGCGGCGCCAGAACGAAGACAAUGCCGUAGCACUUUGUGACACUGGAUUUCACCACUUUCCUCGUUUCCUUUCAUACCCCUGUAUUGGUUUGUCUGAAAAAUGCGGUUAAUAUUGAAUAAUUUCAGGAGCUGUCAUUGUUGGCUUCGACAGGAAUGUUAAUUACUACAAAAUUCAAUACGCACAGCUCUGCAUCAACGAGGGCGGCGCUGAAUUUAUUGCCACAAAUCUGGAUGCUGUAACGCAUUUGACUGAUGCUCAAGAGUGGGCCGGAAAUGGCAGCAUGGUUGGUGCCAUCAAAGGAUGUACUGGACAGGAACCAACGUUGGUAGGGAAACCAAGCCCACUGAUGAUUGAUUACUUGGAAUCGAAGUACGGCGUUGAACGAAAUCGCAUAUGUAUGGUCGGGGAUCGACUCGAUACUGAUGUUUUGUUUGGAACAGAAAAUGGUCUCCAAAGUUUGUUGGUGUUGAGUGGUGUAACAUCGGAGGAGAAACUGUUAGGGCCAGACAAUACUAUCACACCCGAUUAUUAUGCCGAUGACAUCAAUGCAUUCUUUCAGACAGAAAGCGAGCCUUCACUGACCAAAUAAAAACAAAAGAAUCGAAACUUGCUUUUAUUGACAUGAAGGAGUCAUCAUUGCGGAACACACAGAGUUUUGGAUAAAGAGACGAGCAUUUCCUCUUUAAAAUUACAUUUGAAUUUUCUGAGAAAAUGGUUAAUGAUGCUUCAAGCAGCCAUUAUGUAGUGGGUUGGGUAAAUUUCAUAUUCUGGACACUCCUUAUAUCACUGUGUAAAGAAUCCAUAACUUUUAAAGUUUUUACAAUUUCCUGCUGACUGGAAUUCCCAUUUUUGGGCACAUCAUAAAAAAGUUCCAAAAUUGAUCGUUAGCUGCCCGUCUUGUGCGCUUUUCUCAGACCGUCCGGGUCUAGAAGCACUUGAACGAGUAGUGUGGCCAUUAGGGGGUACCUCCGGGCCAUGUGGAGAUCGCAAAUUUCCUGUGGAGCAGGAGCUUCUGAAUGGGAUUGACUUUGACCGGGACCCAUAUUAUGCACGAUGGAUGGUAAUGCAUAACUGUCUUCUGAGUACCAGAGAAAACAUUUGUAGGUCGCUGAAAACGAAGCGUCUCUACCACUAAAUGUAGUUCCACCAUGAUUCGUAAAGAUGAACCGAAGCUUAGAGACGGGUCGAUAGUCAACGGAUAGCGUACAAAAUAGAUAAAUAGCCGGGCGAGAAGGAGUUGCUGAUAGAGAUUAAGUUUGCGAUACGAGUAUGAGAAGGUACCUGAACUUAUAUUGGCAGUAAAGAAAACAGAAACAGCUUUAGCAACAAAUCCGGCCUAUGCUAUAUAUAAACAUAUCACUUGCCGCCCGAGGAAGACAAAGAAUACAAACACACGAGGACGAAACUCGUCGAUAGGGAACACUGUGGUAGGAUUUGCGAUGGGAAGCUCGGGGUUUUACAACCACAUGGCAUGCUAAUACAAGAAACUUGUGUUC